GAAGCAGAAUAUUUGAAUUUAAGUAAGUCUUCGUUCUGUUCUAAAGUCAGUGACACUGCUAUGGUCGUGUUAAUCAAUUAUUACUACCUGAAAAUAUAUGGAAUUAGUUUGUCCUUGUAAAAUUCCCGGUGCACAAUAAUCGGUGGUGGCCCUGUCCAGAACACAGCGCGCUUAUCUUAAAUCUGUCGGUCAGUGUGUCAAGAACUUCCAUUGUUAGAAGAUGAAAGAGUCUGGGGAUGCGAAGUGCAGUUCUUUUUUGAUAUAAUUCACACCAUAUUUAUUUCAAACACCAACGUUAUUUUCCAGCGAACUUAGAGUUAUUUACGGAUCUCCGCUCUUUGGACAUCUUAGUGAAAUCACAUUUCCGGGUAUCUUGAGGAGUUCACAGUUGGUGGUACCUCAGGUUGGACGCAUUAAUUCGAGCUUCUUGGAAAUAUUGGUUUGAGACUGCUUUUGCCUUCAAGGUCAGGGUCUUAAUUCACUCUGCGCGUUACAUGUAUGCCACUUGUAUCUGUCGCCGUGACGUCUUUGAAACAGUAACAGUGUUUCCUCAGGACAACUUUUAACAGUGUUGGUGAAAAUAUCGCUCUUGAAAAAGAGCCAUCGGAAUCUUGAGGUGUAAUUCGAGUUGCUCAAUCCUCCCGAUGAAAACCUAUUCUAACUAAGCUUCAGGUUGCAUCUGUGACGCACUCAAAGUUUUGAACUUGACUGCAUGUUUCAUUUCAAUAAAAUCUUGCCUUUCCAAUGUGGUUGGUACUUUUUCUUAUGAUAUUUUGGAAAAUCACUAGGAAUAGAUUUGGACUUCGGGUAUCACCCAAAAGUACGUAAGCACGUCGGACUUUUUUUAGGGUAACCGAAGUGUAACGAGUGUGUUCAGAAUGCGCCAAUCUGGCUGGUAGUGGUCAGUAUCACGUAUCUCUUGGUGGUGUUUCGUGUUAAAAUGUAAAAUUGUUUAGCAUCAUCGUCUAGAAAAGGAUUUCGUAUAUUUAUGUGUAGUGAGUUAUUACUAAAUGUUGACAAUAAUGAUCUGCAUAAUUGCAAGAAUGCGACAAGAUUCCCUCUGUUCGUUCCUCCGAAAAGUCUUCAUUGACGUAUAUAAGUAUCUCGUUUCUUUCCACGUUUCAUGUUUUAAAUGAGAGCAUUGCGAAAUAGUAUUUACAGUAAUUCUGAGUGUUUCGUCUGUUUGGCUUCUCCAUAAAAUUCUCCACAAAGUGGUAGCAGGAAUUCUCAGUCUUCUAGACAGGGAGGUAACAAGCAUGGAUAGGUAGAUGCAUUUUGACAUUCUACCGUAUUCGGUAAAUAAAGUUCCUAUAUAUUACGAAAUUGUUAGGCGUCAGCUAAGCGGGUUAUAUUUUAGUUUUUAAGUUAUAGUAGACAACACGCUCAGUUUAUAUGUUGCUGUUUUCUUUCUUCAGUCAAAAUGGCUGCAAGUGUCUCGAUUUUGUUUAAGAAGUUGCAGCUGAGCAUGGAGGAACAUCUUCGUCCGGAAACACAAGUCGCGUCUCUUGUCACUGACAGUUAUAUCUGGCUACACUAACUUAGACUGACUCCUGAACAUGUUUUCUGCAGUCACGAAUUUAAGCGUCUAAGUCAGUGACUCAGUUGCUAGUGCCUUGGUUUCACAUUCUUAGGUACUGUAGUGUAGUCUAUCGCCGUCUUCUAGUAGGGAAUUUCCGGUCAGCUCAUAUUUGUAAUGCGAUUGUAAGCAAUGUUAUUCAAAAUACUUAUGGGUAAAAUAAUAAGCCCAGUCGCACCUUAGCUGCAGUCUUUGUAAAUUAGCUUGUUUUCCUCUCCAUCUGUGUUUAUUGGUCACUUAGUAGUCUCUGCAGCAUUUUUUCCAAAUAAGCUACAACGCAAAAUAAAGUUUUUGGUAUACAUACGUCUUGUUAACUAGUGUCCUGGUAUAAAUAGUAGGUAGAGCAUGCAAAUGCUUUGCAGUCAGGAUGGAGUUUCCUUAAAAAAAUGCAGCAAAGCGUUUGACGUGUAGUUAUAACAGUCCUUAAAUUUAUAAAACUGUUGUAAUGGAAGUCGUAACUUUAAUACUUGAUAGAUCGUUGUGCUACUGCGAAUGUUUUUAUGAUCAACUUUCUUAAAAUUAGACUUUUGAUGUGAACGUGGUCUUUCUAAAGUAUAUACCUUUAAUUUUUUUCUAACAAGGUCGAAAGCAUAAUAGACAAACGAGUCCGACGCGGUCGAGUAGAAUAUCUUGUGCGAUGGAAAGGAUUUCCUCCUGAACACGAUUCUUGGGAAACUUUCACGAGCCUCCGAGAGCCGUGUCUACCAUUAAUUCGGGACUUCUACGUACGACAACGCAAAGUAUAUCACAAAACAGGACGUUAUCGCUUACCUAUUGUUUCUCGUAAAAAAUCUAUAAAUUCCGUAUCAGAUCAGUUUCAUGAUUUAUCUUCGAAAUCAGAUAAAGAUAGUGAUGAUGAUCUAACCGCAGGCAAAAGCAGUAUUUCUUCGACAAAAAGUCAAACCCCAUCCACUUGCAAGAAAUAUGUUGAAAACAGUGGAGUAAGAAAACCCCCACGUCGGUCUGCACCUAGCUCUAUGGAUUUAAAUAUACCCGACUCUUUUGUGUCAGACUUGAUAGUCGAUUCUAACCACUCUGUCUCUCUUCAAAACCGUGGGUUAGGUUCUCCCCAUCCUCUAUUGGUUACUGAUGCGAAUACCUCUUCGAAUACUCAAGCAUCCAGCUCUUCUAAUGAUUUAGUAAAUUCUAAAGGUGACUACAUCGCUAAUUCACCCGCUAUACCCCUAUCUGGUCCCAGUCCAAGCAGACACGGUCGCUCCAGAGUUGCUAAGGACAAAAAAGUAGUCGCAGAGAAAACUAGGGAAAAUUCCGAUAGUACUGUCAACUCACUUGAACUUACUACUCCUAGCGCUUCUAAGACUACGAAACGCAAACCGCAGUCAAGUAAUUUAAGUGAGGACGGAUCCAGAAGUACUAAGCACAUGGCUUCGGAGAAAUUGAAGGCUGAUGCUUCUCCUGAUAGGCAAGAAAGUCUCCCAGUCGGACAUACACGAAAAUCUGUUACAAUCAUGUUAAAAGCUUCUCCUACACUUGAGUUUCAGAGUGCUAAGUCUCUUCUUUCGCCAAAUUCCAGACCUCUUGCUAAUGUUGCCUCUAAAUCAACUCCCAGAAAGCGUAUUCAAGUAAAGACAGAUCCAGAUACAUCUCUCUCUGAAUCUCACUCUGAAAAUGAAGAUAACUCUGUCCUUACUAAUUCACUCUUAUCAAAGGUAAUGAGUGUCGUCGCCUAUCUGAAAACGUUACGAAGGCGUCCGGUACAAGAGUUAGUUCUAAAGCUUUGUGUAAAUCGCUACAAUAUGUCUGAGAAAAAUGCUUUGUCUGCAUUGAAUACCUUAAUUUCUCGAGGUCAAUUGUUUGGAGUAGAGUCCGCUAAGGGUAUAUCGUAUCGUCUUCAUCCUUAUACUGUGGCUCGUGGUGAUUUGAAGAAAUCCACGUCCCUCUCAGCCAAAAUCAAAGCCAAAUAUAGUGGUGGAAGAAGUAGAAUACGGCCCAAAGUUUCUGUCAUACUUGGCACUAAACGACCAUACUCUGGAGGAUCACGAGACAGCUGUCCAUCUAAAGUUGCGAGGACCGACCCUGCGACAAGAACCGUUCGUCAGUGCUCCAACAGGAGAUCAACAAGACACAGCUUAUUAGCUCAUGAUAACUCCGCUGCAAAUUGUUCAGGUAUCAAUGAAGAAAUGUAUUGCAGUCAGUCUUUGGAUAUUGUAGACAAUGCAGAAGUGAGUCUUGCUCACGUUACGCAACCAGACAAGGACGAUUUCUCAUCAGGUAUACAGUCUCUGAAAACAGAGGAUCUCCAACAAGGCACAAAGAUAUUUAUUGUACCGCCGGCUAGUCCGCUGAAUGAAGCCAAUUGUGAGAGUCAGAUGAAUAAUCUACCUCAUCAUCGCACAGACCAGGGUUCGUGUAGUAGCGUGAGUUCUGGACCUGGUUUAGAGAACUCCGGAAUUGCUCAAGUAACUAAUUCAAGACGUAGCAAUCGACAACUGGACGGCUAUAGAUUCAAAUCAAUUUGUGUAAAAAAAAAUGUACAGGCUAGAUUUACCGAGGUUUGGCUCCGGUCACCAAGUUCAUCUCUUAAGAAUGCAUUUACUAUUCAGGUUCUUGAAGAGCUAACAGUGGUUUUGAAUCGGUCAACUUAUGACUCAAGCCACCUGAUCAUGAUUUCGGGAUCUGGGACUGUGUUCAGCUCUGGAAUCGACCUGACUACUAUUACCGGAGAUCUUUUAACAAAUGCAUUUAUCGGUCCACAUUCAUGUGAUUCCUCCCGAAGUUCAUCUACAAGUUCGAGUAAUGUAUGCGCGUCUCGUAAUUCAAACAAUGGUAAAAAAGCUGGGAUUGAUAUUUCCAAAUCAACUCUUGUCAGUCAUUCUGGUUGUUCACAUUCUCAGUCGAGUUCGGAUUCGAAUUCUUCAAACCAGAAAAAUAUAAAUGAAGUUAAUUCGUUUUUCAGUUCAUUUCUAAAUCCUGAAAAUAUUGAACGUCUGGUUAAAGCCUUAAGGUCAUUCCUGUUAUCAUUAGUAUCAUUUCCAAAACCUAUUGUUGUUGGUGUAAACGGUCCAGCUAUGGGGCUCGCUGUUGCUAUAUUACCGUUGUGUGACAUUGUUUACGUUAGUGAUUCAGCCACAUUUUAUAUGCCAUACACUCGCCUUGGCCAAAUCCCUGAAGCAGCAUCAACUUAUACUCUAAGCAGUCUCAUAGGUAUGCCUUUGGCUAGUGAGUUACUAUUGGCUGGUCGUAAAUUGUCUGCGCGUGAAGCAUUGCAACGAGGUUUAGCUUCCGAUAUAAUUUUUCCUAAGAAUUUUAAGCAAGAAUUAGUACUCCGAUCUCAGAAGUUGGCUGCAACUUCGCGCACGGCAAUGGAAAUAACCAAGUGCAUGAUUAAAAUGCAGCAUCGUGAACGUAUUGAGUAUGUCAUUAAUACCGAGUGUAAGAAAUUAUUAGAAUGUUGGUGUACACCAGAAUUUCGCUACACGGCUAUGGAGUUUAUUCUUAACGAGAUGGAUGAUUUUGUAUAGAUAUAUUUUCAAGAGACAACAACGACAUUUGCAGUCAGAAAACUUUAUGUACCUACGUACUGAUUAACUUGUUUGUUGGAAAAAAUCACUACUGUUGCACAAAUGCAUAUAAAUAUUUUUUUAGUGUUAUUCUACAGCAUAGACGUGAUCUCUGUUGAUAAGGUCGGUGUUAAUGCAUUUUGUAUCUUUUGCACUGUACUUAAGCCAUGUCAUUAAACUAUACUGAUCCGUAUCCAAUGUCAAUGUGAUCUCCAUGUAUAUGUACAGGUUGUUAGUAUUCUUUAUUUCCCUUCAAAAUGUAUUUUUUAUUCCUGUUUGUUAUUAUGUUACCUAAUUUACUUACUAUCCUCUGGAUCUUUUAUUCCACUGGUGACUUGUAUCUUUUACAUACCUUCCUUCGUGCAACUUAUAUGUAAUGCGCAAAUGUUUUUUCUGUUUUGACUUUUAUUUACUUUUUUCUCUGUCUAAAUACUAAUGCAUUCUACUGUUGAAAUAUGGUGGCAGUGGUUCUGGCAAUGAUACUGUUAAAUAAGAAAUUGUAGAUUUACUUUUUAUGAACCUACUUCAAUUGCAAUUAUAUGCCUGUGUUACCAGUCAUUAUUUUUUAUCAAUAAUUUUCAAUACUCAGAUUUUUACACCCUAUUCAACCGACAAUCUAUGAAAUCUAAUUUUUUUUUCAAAUGAAACCUGAAAUGUGCAGGUUAAUGUCAACUAGUUCCACAUUUACUGCUUUUUUAAGUAUGUGGGUAAACUAUGCAUUAAUUUACUCCGGUAUUUUAUUUAUUUGUAUUUCCUGUCUACCAAAGUGUUUGUUCUAAAUUUUAACACAGAAGUUAGUGCUUUUAUCGGUUAUACAACUUUUUAUUCUCAAAGAUAGUUGGAAAGUUAUUUCCUUUAGUUACUUUCUGUGGUAAUUAGGGGAUACCAACAAGGAAUGUUUACUUAAGUGCAAUACUUUAAAGGAUAAUGCCAUGUUGAAAAUGUUAUUGCCGCAUAAAUGAAUCAUAUUAUAGAAACACUACGUUGUUU